AUGAACGUAACAGUUGAGGACACUUCGUUGUUGCCUACGCUUGUGGCAAGAUGGCCUCUGGUCUUUACAGCUCUCAUCACCCUCAUCCCUGUCAUUGCCGCAAAAUGGGGUUUCAAGAAGGAUCGCCUGGGUCACAUACCAAGCGUGGGAGCCGGUAGAACGAAAGAGCAACGAAGACAGGAAUUCAUGGCGCCAGGAGGAGCAAGAAGACUUUACAGAGAAGGAUAUGAAAAGUUCAAAGGUCGCGCAUUCCAGAUCAUGACUGCAAGCGGUAGGCUAUACCUCUUCUGUUUGUCUAUGAUGACCGACGUCAGCUUGAACCAAGCUAAACAAACAAUUACAGAACUGCCAACCGUGGUCAUCCCCCCAAAGUUCAUCCCCGAGCUUAAGAAGCUGUCCGACACUGUCUUGGGGUUCCAGGAGGCCACCGACGAGGCCAUCAACAAUCAGUAUCUUGACAUCCCGACCGACACAACGAUGCUCGCACAUACGGUCAAAGUCUCGCUUACGCCGGCGCUUGCACGCCUUAGCCCAGCCAUUGCUGCCGAAGUAACGCAUGCCAUUGACACAGAGCUCCCUCCGUGUAAGGACUGGACUGAGGUCCCUAUCAACAACAAGCUGUUUAGAAUCGUAGCGAUGGCAUCCGGGCGGGUCUUCGUCGGACCAGAACUCUGUCGUAAUGAAGCCUACCUCGACACUGCUAUCAACUACACUGUCGAUAUGGUCAACGCAGUUCUUGGAGUUAUGGGUCUUCCAGCUUGGCGGCGGAGGUUCUCAAGUCGGAGGCUACCUGAAGUCAAGAAGCUGUUUCAGCGCUUCAAAGAAGCUGAAGACUUUCUAGGGCCAGUGGUCACAGCCCGACGAGAUGCCAUGGCGAAAGCGGACUACGAGAAGCCCGAUGACAUGUUGCAAUGGUUGAUUGAUGCCCAGGACAAAUCCAAGAACGGCUCACGCAACGAUGCGGAGUUGGCAAUUUGGCAACUAGGCGCCAGCUUUACUGCGAUUCAUACUACGACGGCGACAGCGACGAACGCAUUGUACACACUAGCAUCGAUGCAAGACAUCAUCCCAGUCCUCCGAGAAGAGAUUCAGGAAGCACUUGUAGGAUCCGGUAACGAGUUCAACAACGCUGCGUUGCAGAACAUGGUCAAGCUGGAGAGCUUUCUCACUGAAUCGAUGCGUACUUAUCCCAUGAGUGCUGCGAAUGCUCAGCGCAAGGUUCUCCGACCUUUCACUCUUUCGAAUGGCCAAACCAUCCCAGCUGGUGUCCUCAUUGAACUACCAUCGGCUGCCGUCAAUAUGGACGACAAUCUCUAUCCGUCAAGCAGCCAGUUCGAUGCCUUCCGAUUCUCUAAGUUACGGCAAAGCAAGGUCAAAGCUACAGAAGACGGUACUGAAGUUGGUCACUUGUUCUCGAGCGUGGGACAAACGAGUUUGAACUUCGGGUUCGGCCGACACGUCUGCCCGGGUCGUUUCUUCGCGUCUGUCGAGAUCAAGAUGAUCGUUGCGAUAAUUUUGUUGAACUUUGACAUCUUGCUCGCGGAAGGCGAGACGGAGAGAUACAAAAACAUUGAGAUUGGUGUUCAGUCCAUGCCGGAUCCCGCGAAGACAAUUCGACUGAAACGACGCUCAUGA